UUGGAACUCAACUGCGAGCUGUGGUAAUAUGUCAGGUUCACGAUGGCGGUCUAUUCCUUGCAAGGUUACUGAUUUACGAUUGGAUAUCACAUUAUUAUGUGGACAGUCGUUCAGAUGGAAGGAGAAGCAGCCUGGACUGUGGAGUGGUGUACUAAAGGGAAAGGUAUGGACACUAAAACAGACGCAGGAUGAAUUAUUAUAUCAAGUAUGUGAGAGAGAAAAGACUGAUCUUCACAGUCGAAAAAGGAGUUCCACAGAUGCAGAGAUCUGUAAAAGUAAACGAGCCAAGCUACAAUAUGGGUUAUAUACAAAUAUUGCCACAGAUGAAAAAGUUACGAAAAAUGAAAUAAGCGACAACAGUUUGAUACAUGACAAUAUUCUUAAAGAUUAUUUCCAUCUGAAUGUUGAUUUGCAAGAUUUGUACCAAAAAUGGAGUGCAGUAGAUGAUAAUUUUAAAGCUGUCGCUGCCAACUUUACUGGAAUUCGUCUAUUAAAACAAGAUCCGGUAGAAAACCUGUUUUCAUUUAUUUGUUCCUCAAAUAAUAAUAUUACAAGAAUAAGUGGAAUGGUAGAACGCAUGUGCCAGAAAUACGGUGAAAAGAUAUGCGAAGUGGAAGGACUACCUUAUUACUCGUUUCCAUCUGUAUCAGCACUGGCUAGCAAACAAACUGAGCAACAGCUCAGGGAACUUGGAUUUGGGUACAGAGCAAAAUAUAUUAGUCAAGCCGCAAUGCACAUUAUGGAGAAUUAUAAUGAGAACUGGUUGGCAUCGCUACGAGAUGUUUCUUACAAAGAAGCGCAUGUGCAGUUGAUGAAGUUAGCAGGAGUUGGAGCAAAGGUAGCAGACUGUGUGUGUUUGAUGUCAUUGAAUAAAUACAAUGCUAUACCUGUGGAUACGCACGUGUGGCAAAUCGCUACCAGAGACUACAUGAAAUCUUUGCGCAAAACAAAAUCAUUAACUGACAAAGUCUACAAACAAGUUGGUGAUUUUUUCAGAGAGCUUUAUGGAGAGUAUGCUGGCUGGGCACACUCGGUUUUAUUCAGUGCUGAACUGAGAAAAUUUCAAGAUUUGAAAAAGGAACCGAACUCGAGACCAUUACUUCCAAUAGAAUGUGGGAAGACAAUAAAAAAAGAAGUAACUACCACAUAACAAGAGUUGUAGAGAAUUUGACCACAGCAACCAGACAAUCCUGAAAUAUUGUCAGAGAUCAUUUAUGUAAAAAAAAAUUACUUUUGUUUUUUUCUUGCCAAUGCCCCAGGAGUUGCAACACUGACCAUGGAAAAACAUGUAGCAUUUGGAAUGUUACAAGUAAAUUUAUUUCCAUGAAAUUGUAAUACAAUGCACCAGGGCCAAUUCAUUUAUUGAGUCUCUCCAUAUUAACACUGGGGAGGUGUAUGGUAUAACACACUAGGUUUACACUAUAGAUUAUUAGUUUAUACUUGUAGUACAAGUCUUAUUCUAGGCUGUAGCAACAAUGCCAAGUUUGACUUUCUGUCAUUUCAUCAAGUCAUUAAAUGGGUAGUAAAUAAACACUUGAUACCUUCAACAUUUUUGUAUUUAUAUCCGGGAUACAUUUGAUUCAGUAAUCAAGCACUUCCAUGUAGAUAUUUUAUAAUAUCAGUUUUCUACUAAGCAUGUUGAUAGCAAGAAUAACAUUGUGUCAGUUUUGCACGAGUGGUUUUAUUAUAUUUUCAAUACAAGCAGAUUAACAUUACAUGUUAUAGAAAUUACCUUGUGAAGACUUAGAUGUUCUGAACAUUAAACACACUGUUCAUAUAAAAUAACUCUAUAAUGUAACAAUUUUCUCAGUUCCUUUUGUGUGCAUCAGAAAAAUUUGACACAAACAUUUUUUUGAUUGACUGCACAUGUCAUAAUUACACCAGUAACCAAAGAAACAUAUGACAAAGUACACUAAACAUAAGAAUCUUGCCCACAAUUCAAAAUAUUUGGGGACUUGCGUAUUAUCUCAUUAAAACAUAAACCAAAAAUUGGAUUUAUUGUACACAGGACUAUUGACACACCUCUGUACAACUAUAAUAGAGCAAUUCAGUAUUUACAUAUGAUCUAACUAUUCAUACAUACACAUCACCAUAUUUUUGAAAAUCAUGGGCGGGGGGGAUUAUGAGGGGAAAAUAGCACCCAGAAAAUUAAUAAAUUUUUACAAUGUCACAAAAUAUA